AUGUCGCAACCAGCCAAAGACUGGAGCGCCAGCCAGUACCUCAAAUUUGAAAACGAACGCACCCAGCCAGCCCGCGAUCUCCUAUCGCACGUGCCCCUCACAGCGCCAAAGAGAAUAAUCGACCUAGGCUGCGGCCCAGCGAACUCAACAACAGUGCUCGCAACCCAAUACCCAUCAGCCACAAUCACUGGUCUAGACUCAUCCCCGGACAUGAUCAACUGCGCAAAGAAAGUCCUUCCAGACCGGGACUUCCACGUCGCAGACCUGUCCAUCUAUACGCCCGACCCAGCCGAGCCCGUCGACCUCUUCUUCUCGAACGCGGUGUUCCAGUGGCUCAAAGCCGACGACCGCAUUGCGGUUAUCAAACGACUGCUGCAGCCGCAGGAAAAGGGCGCUGUUUUUGCGCUCCAGGUUCCGCAUAACCUGAACGAGCCGUCGCAUCUUCUUAUGCGGGAGACGGCGGCGGAAGGUCCGUGGGCGGAGAAACUGGCUGGUGUGCAAAGAGAUGGAUUCCAAUCGCCACAGGAACUUUAUGAUCUGGUCAAGCCGUUUUGUAGUCAGGUUCAGGUUUUUGAGACGAGUUAUUAUCAUGCCCUGGAGAAUCAUGAGGCGGUUGUUGAGUGGGUUCAGGGGACGGGGUUGAGGCCGUUUGUGGAUCCGUUGGACGAUGCGGAGGAGGAGGCUUUCUUGAAGGAUUAUUUGAGGCGAUUGCGGGAUGCUUAUCCGGUUUCUGUUGAUGGGAGGGUUUUGUUGAAGUAUCCGCGGUUGUUUAUGGUUGCUGUGAAAUGA